AUGCAGCGGAGCUUCGUGGAAGAGCUCAUGUGUGCUGUGCUGGACGACAGCGGCGUCGGCUUGGAAAGCGUCGACCUGACCGACGUCAAUUCGCAGCUGCUUGCCUUGGCAAACCACGACGUCUACACCUACGUGUUCGGCUACCAGAUGGGUGCGGUCUCGAGCGGACCGGAACCAAGGAUCACACUGUGGUACAACGGCCAGAAUCCUCACUCGGCGCUCUUGGUGCUCAACCUGUUGCACACGGCGGUGCUUCGCAACCUGACUGGUGACGACGACGCCACCAUCCGGCUCACCAACACGCCAGACAACUUUCAGAGCACGGAGACGGCGGACACGCUGCUCAGCUUCUUCCGCGAGUUCGAACUCCACAACGCGCGGCGCCAGAACUCCGGCUACGUGGUUCACGCGGUGCUGGUGCGCGUUCUGUGCGCCGUGUUCGUGCCGGCGGCGCUGUGCUACCACGCGGCGCACUUCGUGGUCACCGUGCUCGGCGAGCGCAUGUCGGGCGCCAAGCACCUGCAGCUCAUGACGGGCAUCGGGGCCGCCCUCUACUGGCUCGGGAACCUGCUCUUCGACGCCUGCCUGGGCGUUAUGCACGCCGUCCUCUUCACCGCCGCCACGGUGGCCUUCCGCGCGUUCCUCGACUGGCAGUACAUCAAUGCCAUAUUCAUACUGUUCGUGACGUACAGCUUGGUGGCCAUAAACUUGGCCUAUUUGGCAUCGUUCUGGUUCGAGAACGCUGCGAAGGCCUUCUACACAAUGACAGCCGUGUACUUGUCUGUAGGGGUGCUGGGUGCCUUCGUGGCUGCCGCCGUGGACAUGGUGCAGUUCUCACGAAGAACGGAGAGCUUCCCAUCGUGGUUCAUAAUGAUCUUGAGCCUGUCAGUUCGCUGGGCACCCACGUACACAGUCACCAGGGGUCUUACCGAGCUAAUCCUGCUUCGCAAGGAGAACCUGAUCUGCUUGGAAAGAGGCCUCCUACUGACGCUGUACUGCAAGAAGAACGCCGUCCAAUUCACGCAGCGGUUGAAGGAGUGCUGUCCGCCGCACGGAGACUCCUCGUCCAGCAGCCUGCAGCCACUCAGCCUUGGCCUGCGCACAGGAUUCGUAGAUGUGUUCAUGCUGCUGCUCGAGGGUUGCUUCUGCUUCGCCCUGGUCACCUUCCUCGACUCGGACCACUUCCAACGCCUAUGGUCGCGUAUUGAGGGCCACGAGCCACCACCACGCAGCAGAGGCGACGCCAACGUAGAGAGCACCGUCGACGCCGACGUCAUCAGGGAGGCGCAGCUGGUGGAAGACGUCUUCAACCAGCGCAACUUCGACAAGCACGCGCUCCUCGUGCGAGGCCUGAGCAAGGCGUACGGCUUCUUCCGGCCGCGCUUCGCCGUCGACAACGUCAGCUUCGCGGUGCGCAGCGGCGAGUGCCUGGGCGUCGUGGGCACCUUGGGAACCGGCAAGUCCACGCUCCUGCGUGUGCUAGGCGGCCAGCUGUUCCCGACGGCCGGCGACGCCUACAUGAGCUCCGGCACGUCGCUCACGCGCAAUUACCGCCAGUGGAUGCAGGACGUCGGCUACGUGCCCUAUGGUUGGGGCCUCCUGGACACGCUCACGGGACGAGAGAUGGUCUGCCUACUCGCAGUGCUCCGUGGCGUUCGGGACGUGCCCCGAGUAACCGCGUGCGCGUUGCAGGCCGUCGAGCUCGCCGAUCCCGACGCGCUCAUCGCGUCGUACGGAGCGGGGGCGAAGACGCAGCUCUCCCUGGCCCUGGUCCUGAUGGUCUACCCCAAACUGUACCUGCUGGACCUUCCGGACCUGGACGCGCCGUCGCGACUCGUGGUUCGCCGAGUGCUGGACACGCUGCGGCCGGCCGGCAGCGUGGUGCUCACGUGCGAACACCUGCAUCACUACGCCGAGGUCUGCGACCGCAUCGCCAUACUGGUGGCCGGUCGCAUCGAGUGCAUCGGCUCGGUGAAGGAGCUCACCGACAAGUACUGCCGGGGCACCACCAUCGCCGUGUACACGUUUCCCGACCGCAAGUACGACUUGGAGCACCAGCGCUUCAUCGUCAUGGACAUGAUGGAACACUUCCCGAACGCCGCGCUCGUGCGCUGCUACGAGGGGCUGCUCGAAUUUCGGCUCUACCAGCCGAGCGGCGGUACCCAGAUGAACCUGUGCGAGAUGUUCGACCGGCUGCUAUUCCUCAAACGCAAGCACAAGUUUCACAUCUUUUACGUCAGCGAAACCACGCUGGACCAGAUAGUCGUCAGCCUCAGCCGCAAGCACGCGAGUCUGACGACUCACAGCUAAGAGAAGGUCGUACAACAUGGGGAGGCUGGCAUGCGAAGUAAACAUGCUUAU